CAGCCAUGUUGGUUCCCUGUGUGCUCUGCAGUUUUGAAAAAUCAAACUGGAGUAGUUAGAUGUGCUAUCUUGGUGGAAAUGAGAAGACUUUAGGUGAUAACGUUUAAAUACAGUGAUUUUCCAAAGUUAUAUACUCUAGUAUCGAAAAUACUGGGAUGUAUCGACGGGGAGGAAGUAAGAAGGACCAUCAUAACAAGCCUGUGAAGGAGGAGAGUGAAAGCACCAAGUAUGCGGAGCUCCUGGUUUUUGGCUAUGCCUGCAAGCUGUUCCGGGACGAUGAGAGGGCUCACUUCCACGAACAGGGCAAACACCUUAUCCCAUGGAUGGGAGACAAGAGCAUCAUGAUUGAUAGGUAUGAUGGACGGGGUCACCUGCAUGACCUUUCUGAAUAUGACGCUGACUCCUGGAACCGCGAUUACCAGCUGUCGGAGGAGGAGGCCAGGAUUGAAGCCCUUUGUGAUGAGGAAAGAUACCUGGCUCUUCACACAGACCUCUUAGAAGAGGAGGCCAGACAAGAGGAGGAGUACAAGCGGCUGAGUGAGGCGUUGGCGGACGAGGGUACGUUUAACGCGGUGGGCUACCGCUACAGCGCCGACUACUACGACCCCUCACAGCCCACUGAGGAAGAGGAGGCCAACAAGGAAGCAGAAGCACAAGAGGACAGCGAGGAACCCUUUGUAGCCCCCCCAGGCCUCAUCAUACCCCCUGAUGUGGAACUGCCAGCCACAAUAAAGACCCAUGCCAUCAUCGAGCGCACUGCCAACUUUGUGUGCAAGCAAGGAGCCCAGUUUGAGAUAGUGCUGAAAGCCAAGCAGGCUAAAAACUCCCAGUUUGACUUCCUGCGCUUCGACCACUACCUGAACCCCUACUACAAGCACAUCCUCCGCGCCAUGAAGGAGUGCCGCUACACUCCCAUCUCCGACAACCAGCAUGGUCAGCAGCAGGACACACAGUCUGAUGACUCUGAUGACGAUGGUGAUGGCAGUUACCUCCACCCCAGCCUCAUGGCACCCAAGAAGUGCUCCAGGCUGGAGGAGCUGAUGAAGCCCCUCAGAGUCAUCGAUCCGGAUCACCCGUUGUUGGCGCUGGUCAUCAAAGCCCAGCAGGAGAAGAAUGGUGGUGCUGCUGCUGCUGCCGCUGCCCCUGCACCAGCCCCGCCCAUGGUAGAGGAGACGCAGCCUGCCGUGUCCACUCAGGCAGAGUACCCCACCGAUCCUAAUGUUGCCCCAAUGUACUAUGGGUACUGCCUGCUCCCGGAUGGCACGUAUUGUCUGGCGCCUCCUCCUCCCGGGAUCGACGCCAACGCGUACUACAGCACUCUGCCCCAUGGCAUGAUGCCACCUCAGGCCUCAGCGGUGCCCCCGCCCCCAGGAACGACCCCUCCACCUGAACCAGUGCCCAUUGCCCCCAUACCCGUCCCUGUCUCAGUGUCCGCUCACAGUCAGGUCACCUACUCUGCUCCCCCCAGUCAGAUCACCUACUCUGCUCCCCCUACCCAGGUCACCUAUUCUGCUCCCCCCACCCAGGUCACCUAUUCUGCUCCCCCUACCCAGAUCACCUACUCUGCCCCCCCCACGCAGGUCACUUACUCUGCCCCCCCUACCCAGGUCACCUACUCUGCUCCCCCCAGUCUGGUUUCUUACAGCGCCCCGGCUGUCAGCACAGUGACUAGUGUACAGCCCCAAGCUCCGGUCGCCCCAGCAGUGGCUCCAGUCGCCCCAGCAGUGUCUCCGGUCGCCCCAACAGUGGCUACUCCGCCGCCAGCAGUGACAACUCCACCCCCCAGCAUCAUCCCCCCGCCCCCAGACAUCCAGCCGGUCAUUGACAAGCUGGCACAGUAUGUGGCCCGCAACGGCGAGAAAUUUGAGGGCAGCGUCCGCGCCAAGAACGACCCACGGUUUGAUUUCCUGCAGUCCUGGCACCAGUACAACACCUAUUACGAGUUCAAGAAGCACUACUUCAUGCAGAAAGAAGGGAGAAGACUGCCAGAGGUUGGGCCAGGGGCGGAGGACACGGAUGGCUCGGCUAACGGCUCAUCAGAUAAGCCCCCUGAUGAUGGCAAACUAAUUAAAGCAUCCUUUGCCCCCAUCUCGUUCGCCAUCAAGGCCAAGGAGAACGACAUGCUGCCGCUGGAGAAGAACCGCGUGCGCCUGGACGACGACUCGGACGAGGAGCGCGCCGCCGAGGGGGAGCUGGAGGGCGGAGUGUCGGUGACCGCGGCGGGAGCGACCUCCGCCGGGGCGGUGUCCACAGCAGCCCAGGCGGUCAAGGAGGCUUCUGCGGCCCCUCCGCCCGAGGAGAAGAAGCCCACACUCACACUGGAGGAGCUGGAGGCCAAGCAAGCCAAGCAGAAGCUGGAGGCGCGUCUGGCAGCGGCGGCGCGGGAGAAGCUGGCUCAGGCCUCCAAGGAGUCCAAAGAGAAGCAGCUGCAGGCGGAGCGCAAGAGGAAAGCUGCCCUCUUCCUGCAGACGCUCCGCGGCCCAGACACAGACGCCAAACGGCCCGAGGAGACACCCGCACCCCCAGAGCCGGAGGUCAUGUCCAUCAUGGUGGCUCCUGCCACCCUCCCUGUGAUGUCCCGAGUGCCCGCUCUGCCCACCGAAUACCAGUCCAGUGAGGUGCCCGCGCCGAGGACCAGCGAGGCGGCCCCGUCAGCCCUGUCGGCCCUCUCCUCCGCACACGCCACCCCCCUCCUCCGUGUCCGCCGCCUCGGCCUCCCGCGGCUCGAGCGUGAGAAGGACAAGGAGCGGGAGCGAGACCGCGAGCGGAGGAGGGACCGGGACAAGGAGAAGAAGAAGAAGAAGCACAAGAGGAGGUCGAGGUCAAGGUCACGCUCCCGCUCCAAGUCCAAGUCCAAAUCCAAAUCCAAACGCGGCUUGCCCAGUGCCUACCGCCGGCUCAGGAGAUCCAGGUGUGUCUCUGCGUCCCAGUCCAGGUCUCCGGGCAGGCGGGAGCGAAAGACCCGCUCGCCCGAGUGGCGGCGCGAGGAGAGAGAACGCGAGCGACACGGCCCCGGCACUUAUCGCCUGGGCAACAGCCCCGGCCUGGGCAGGAAACGCUCCCGAUCAAGGUCACCACAUGAGAAAAGGAAGAGGAAGAGCUCACGUUCUCAGGUGAUGAAGGGCUCGUCUCGGUCCCCCUCUGCCUCCCCAGACCGGCCAGAGGAGAAGAAGCGCCUCGGCACAGUCUCCGCUAGCCCCUCGCCUCCCACCAGCCCCACAUCCAGGGACGGCUCGCAGGAGAAAGACAAACAAGUGGCGUCAGCCAUCGUCUCCUCGGUCCAGUCCAAAAUCACUCAGGACCUCAUGGCUAAAGUGCGGGCCAUGCUGGCAGCCUCUAAGACCCUGCCCAGCAACCCCUCAUGAGGACCCCCGCCACUGGGAGAUGCCUGCUGACCCAGUGCAGCAGGAGAUGUGCAGGUGAAGAAAGCGCUCCAAAACAGCAGUCCUCUGCCUCGUGGACACCUGCUCACACACAAAUGAGCGCACAACACACACGUGCACACACACCAGUGGCCUUCAGCAGGAGAGUGGGAGCCCCCAUCACACACACACACACACACACACACACACACACACACACACACAUACGCUGCCCGUCUGUAGGGAGGGCAGCCAAGGCCUCAGUUUUUUUGGGUUUUUUUGAUUGGCUGGUUUGUUUUUAAACCUUUGUCCAUUUGUGGUUUGAUUGUGUUGACCCUCUGAUUUUAGCAUUUUUUUUGUUUGUUUGUGUUAUUCACACAAUGGAAAUUGAACAUUUGCAAGUCAUAUGAGCCCCCCAUCCCACUCAAAGAGAAAGACAAUAUGGCCACAGAUGAGGAGCCAUUCCAGAACGGGGAAAACCCAGCUUUGUGUUCUGGAGAAUUGAGGUCUGUCGCUUCCAGAACCGCUGAAAUCAGCGUUAAUCCGACACGGAGACAUCAACCCGGAGGAAAGUGAGCCAAACCCCUAUGCAUGUUGUCUCUCUAACCGAAGAAACGGACGGCUUGCAAGAUAACUUUUGAGGAAAGUGUAAAGUGAUUUGUGGAUGUACCACAUGUGCAUCUCUUUCUAAAGAAGUAGAUGGUGGGGAAGAGCAAAAAUAAGGCAAUUUCCUCCAAUCUGAUGACUGGACUGUUUCUUGGGUAAUUGGCACUGCAGCCAGGACCUCUACAUUAACGUCCUUCUGUGAAGGAUUGUGUCAUUUGGCAUGCUUUCUCAUCCUAGCUCUCCCUUUUAUUUUCUAAGCAGGUCAGGUACUUCUCUCUCCCUCCCUCUCCGAGUUCUAAUGGUGUCUUUUUUUUUUUUUUUUUUUUUGUUUCCUUCUGUUU